CCACGAGGAUUUCCAUCAAUCCCUGAUCGUUGGACCUGGCUUCAUUGAAGAAUGCUUGCGAGUUCACAUCGAAAUCCGCCGACUGCGAUGACUCGAGCGUGAGCGUGACUAUGCACUGUGUAACGAGCACCAGAGCUUCGCAAACUUUGGGCAACAUGACAUCUAGAGACGAUGGUGGCUUGAAUUCAAUUCCCGGCUCAUCCGAUUCUUCGGCUGGUCCGAGAGAGUUGCGUAUAGACUGAAUAGCAUAAUGGGACAGGGAAAAGAAUGACUUGGAGAGCAUGGGCCGGAGUUUGCAGUACAAAGGAGUGCCUGAAGGAGUCGUCGGUGCCACAGACAAUCUCGCAGCCUGCAGGUAAGAGUCCACCAGCUUCAGCAGGGUAGUCUGAUGAGGUGUAAUAAUUUCUUCGGGACUGGAUCUCGUCAGAGAGUCGCACGACGGAGUUCUCCGGCACGCACAUUGCCAGACGACAGAAAAGGCUCGGGACAAGGUCUGCCGCCAUUAUCCGGGAGAAAAUCUCGUAUCUUCGAACGAGUCGGUUUUACCUCAUGGUCGUUCAGACCUGUGCUUACCCGAUAUCAAAGGCGCGUGCGCCAUCCGUGUUGUCCUCUGCGUCAAAGAAAUGCACCAUAUCGUCCAGCAGAGACACACAGACCCGGACACCGAUCGCGCUUCUUGUGAGAAUCUUACUAGGAGCUGCUGAGAACGCGUCUAGCAACAGAUCGCCUGACAUACGUUCGUGUCCGGCUUGCAGCUAUGCAGUUGAGAAUGAAGAUCAAGGCAGAAACGACGAUGACGGAGUCUUUGGAUCCAAGAAGUCGUCUGAUUGGUGGUAAGAACAAGAACGAGGUAGUGUCUGGACAUACAUUAGAACGACCUGAUCCUCCGGCAGACACAUAUAUGUGUUCCAAAGCUUUGAAAUCAGAACAUCGUUCCCAGUCACAAGAUUUACCAAAACUUGCGAUAACACUCUGGCAACAGCGAUAGCUAGAUCGCUCGUGAGCGGAGAAACGCAAGCUGUGCAGGCGGAAUGCACCUUCCCCGUCUUUCAUAGACGACCAAGAUGUAUAAUAGUGGAGUAGUCGUCGUAUGGCGGGCUCGCUUUGACUGUGGACAAUGAUUCAUUGGCCUUUCGAUAUAAGGCGAAAACCUACAAUGCUUUCUUCUGAUUUCUGUGAACCUCUGCGACGAGAUUCCGCGUGAAUCGUGCAAAAUUCACGCAUAGUUUCUUCAUACUGUUCUGUUUCUCCUUCUCAGUGCUGCGAGCCUCUGAUUCGUCUUCCGAGUCUCCGUUGUCCCAAAAAGUCAUCUGAGCUCGGCUUAGAUCCCGCCAGAUUUUGUGAAAGUGGGGCCAUAUCGCGUCGCCUUCGCCGGCUUGUUCCCUGGAGGACAUAAGAAAAGUCAGUUGACUAGCUAGUCCUUGAGCACCUCUGGAUCUUGCUCUGAGCCAAUGUCUGCGUAAUCGGACCGAGCGCAAAUGUCAGAGAAGCCACACUGGUCGGAGAGUUGAUAUCGAAGCUGGCGCAUGCGAGUGUAAAUGGAAGGAUAAAGUCGGCCAUCUAUGAGGGAGCGUAGUAUAAGAGGGUGAACUGGACGGAGCGAAUAGACAUCGUAUUUCGAGUCAAAAGCUUUGCCAAUCUUGAUCAGGGCUUGACAUUUGAUCGCAUCUACUACUAACUUGAACACGGACGUCGUUGUCGCCUGUGCUGACAGACACGACGGAGCCACCAGUGCACGUACGUUCGCCAGUGUCCAUCUGUGACUCAUCCCUGUCCAUCUCUCUGUCAUGUCUACCCUGAACAUCUCUCUCGAGCCCCACUUGAUCGACCGUCUGCUGCCCAUCUUUCCUUUAGUCCCUGCGGAAACAGCGUCUCAGCUGGCUCCUUAUGUUUCUGAAACGCCUCCGCCCACAGUCCCUUAUGAUUUGCUAUUGCUCGUAUCUCAGUGGUGCAGGUCUGAGAGCGGGGUCGACGCACUAGAGUCUGCGUCUUUGCACCCCCAAUCAUAUACGAUGACCGCGCUCUUGGCCGGAACAAUGACCUCUCCGGAGCGGAACCUUCCGCCGUUCACACCUGCUCCAAGCCCGGAGGAGGCCGCUUUCGCGAAGAGGUCUGAAAGACAAGCUAUCACAGCACUUCUGAAUGCGCUGCUCAGUAUAAUUGGGUCUGGUUUCGCGGGAUGGUGGGCAGCAGGGAGGACAGGUUGGAAGAGCGAAUGGCAAGUCUUGUUCGCCUUGUCAGUCGCCAUUGUCGUUGCCAUCUCUGAAGGAGUUCUGUAUCUCAUCUGGGAGUCGAGACGAUCAAAGAGCAAGACACCAAAGAAACUCAGAUUGCCGGCGGCUCGAAAGAAAGAGCUCGCUGACAGGGCAGACAUCACUCCAAUGCGGGUCGAGCACGGCUUGCCCAAACUUCGCCAGCGUUUAGUGGCAGCAGCCGACGCUUCUACGUAGAGACUGAGAUACAAAAGGCUGAUUGGAUCUACUACAACUUGGGCGUGUUCAAGGAAGAAAGAGCGGAUGCGAGCAGGUGCAGAUACCAUCCAGUCAAGCCCCACACUUCCAGUCUAUCUGGUCUAUCGACGUCUGAUUGAUGUGGCGAUUGCUCUAUCGAUUGAUUGGUGAACGGGAUACCCACAGCAUCUGUCACCAGAUCUGUAACAUCCACCGCCCAAUAUGGGUCUCUGUUGCGGAAAAGGUAUGAAUGCAGUCGAACAGGGUUCGCUAAUUCCGCCAAGGGGAGAUGGAAAACUGCCUCCACCUCCUCAGCAGAGAGAGUAUGCUCUAGAUCCUGGGUUUUUAUGGAAGGAAGAGGCAGUUCGUCGUCAGAAGAUUUCUGAAACGGUUGCGCGUGAAUGAAGCCCUGUACGAUGUAAACUCCGAGCCCGGAAAACUUGAAUCGGGUUCACCACAAAGGGCCAAACAGUAUCACCGCGCAAACUUGAUUCGGGAGGUCCCAGAGAGCCCAGGAACUCGAUUCUCUUCCGACCAAUCCCAAGUUCUUCUUCCGUUUCUCGUAAAGCCGUACCCAACAAGCUGGCAUCCAACAACUCAUCGACUUUGCCUCCAGGACAGCUAGAAUGCACGAUUUUCGUCUGGAUAUAGCUGCCUGGUCGAUAACCUACCUCACUUCGCCCGAAUGAGAUCGCAUGGAGCGUGAUCGUACUUGGAGGAGAAUGCCAGGGGUUUCGCGCACAUUACAGAAGGGGAUGAGGAUAGCUGCAUUCUUCCUCUUAUUCAGACUGUUGACCGUCAAGGACUGGAGGGACGAGUGGGUGCGCUCUUGCACCUGUCCAAGCUGGGCGGCGGUUCGAGCCCCAGAGAUCCAGCCAAAAGAGCUUGACGGAUAGCCUUGAGAGAGUUCGGCGAGAAAGGCUUCGAGAGAAUGCCGAGGUUCCAGUUGGGCCGAGAUAGUUGUGUCAACGUUCUAGUCAUUGUGUGAGCCGCACGUUCUGCAGACUCUACAGUCAUGCAUCACCCUCGGUCAUCGCCACAACAUCAGUCUUCCUGGCCUCUCAUCUCUGUAUACGCGAUGUACCCUAAUUGAAAUGAGAGGUUAUCACAUACGCAUAUCCGUUCAACUCAAGGGUGGAAAUUUCUCCGAACCGUUCACACCGGGGUCCAUCUUUGCCCAACUACCUGUACAAACGCCCAAACCGACCAGUCGCCGCAACGCGCUUUUCAACUCCCGCAAUAAAGACUACAGAUUCGGGCCAAUACGCAUCGACUGGAUUGACUGUGAGAUGAGUGAUAAACUAGGGAAAGCCCGCGAUAAUGGUCGUGAGCCGGCUGCAGCCGUCUUCAUUCCACAAGAGGCCCCCCAAUCUGGCUCUACGAAUCUGCCCGAGGGUACAGUACAUCUGUUCCGCGAAGGAACAUUAUCGGAGAAGGAACCCAAAGCCUCCUCGUCCACUUCUAUCCAGUACGAUCUGCCCGAGUUUGACGGAACGAUGCUUGGGGUGCUUGCUGUGCCUUCGUGGAUGGCUCCCUCAGACUUUCUAGCGUUCGUCGGUCCUGUUUCGGAAGGUAUCACACAUUUGAGAAUCAUUCGGGAUUCGGCUCCCAAUCGCUCCAUUGUCGUUAUCAAAUUCAGAACUGCUGAAGCAGCAUCUGAGUUUGCCGAGGCGUAUAAUGGGAAGCCCUUCAAUUCAAUGGAACCGGAAAUCUGUCACGUCGUCAGAGUGCUCUCAGUGAAUAUGGAUGCGGACGACCCGGCGUUGACGCGCAUGAUGGCCUCGAACUCGUUGUACGAGCUGCCCACUUGCCCCGUCUGUCUGGAGCGAAUGGACUCGGGGGUCACUGGACUGAUCACCGUGCCAUGUUCCCACACCUUCCACUGCAUGUGCCUCAGCAAGUGGGGCGACAGCCGAUGUCCGGUCUGCCGGUACUCUCAGACUCUCAUCGCGUCGCACCCGAGUGCGGCUUCUUCGACGAGGACCAUCCCUUUCGUGAACCCCUCUGCUCCCCAAAUGACCAGUUGCUCCGUGUGCGAAUCCACCACAAAUCUCUGGAUAUGUCUCGUUUGUGGCAACGUUGGAUGCGGACGAUACGGAAGAGCGCAUGCGCAAGCACACUACCAGGCCACGACGCAUCUGUAUGCGCUGGAGCUGGAGACGCAGCGAGUCUGGGACUAUGCCGGGGACGGAUAUGUUCAUCGUCUCAUACAAAAUAAGGCUGACGGAAAACUCGUUGAGCUGCCGAGCGCGUCGAGUUCGAUGGGUGCUCCCAAUCCCAGAGACGGCAGCCUCGGUCCGUCCAGCUCAGACGCCCUCACUGCGGAGAAGAUAGAGGCAAUCGGAAUCGAGUAUUCGUAUUUGCUGACCUCCCAACUGGACUCGCAACGCGCCUAUUACGAAGAACAGACCGGCGAGCUGGCGAGUCAGAUUGGGGAGCUGCGUGCGAUCUUGGAGCGUGUGAGUGCCGAAUACGAGCAGGAGAGAUUGGUCGUCAAGGAGGAGAUGGAGGAAAUGAGACGGAAUGAGGAAGCCCGCGUCGCUUCGAUUGCCAAGGACAAAACAAAAGCCGAGAGCAGGGUCGAAAAACUCUCGGAACUCGCUCGCACUCUGCAGAAGGAGCUGGGUGCCGAAAGAGCUGUCAGCGAGGGCAUGAUGAAGAAUAUGGGGAAGGCCAAGGAACGCCAGGAUCAGGCAGAGAUCGAGAAGGAAAAAUAUCAAGCCAAGGUCCAGGACCUCGAAGACCAGCUACGCGACGUCAUGUUUUUCCUCGAAGCGAAGACAAAGAUUGAAGAAGGAGACGGUGUGGUAGGUGAAGCCGCUGGGGGCUCGAUCGAAAUUGGCCAGACGCCUUCUUCCAAGCCGGGCGGAAAGAAAAAAAAGAAAGUGGGUUGAAGCUCGACGGCUUUGUUAUGGUCAACUCAUUAUCUUGUAAUUUUUGUGUCAUGCAAUGGACGGACUGCAAUCCCGACUCAGCCAACGCGCCCACGUGACAACAAUGUUAGCCUGAUCAGCUCCUGUCUCUCUCCAGACGAUUGCAAUUCUACGCACUGCAAACUCGGCAUCCAAUCGCUGUGAUACGUUCGAACGAGUGGCUUGUUUCGUCACCAAAUGAAUUCGU